AUGAUGAACUCCGAAUUGUUGGAUAAGAAUUUCGGAGUAUGUUUUCCGGAGGAGUUGGAUGGUGCGUUGGAUACUCAACAAGGUUCCGCAAAUUGCUGUAAAUUCAAUCGUUGGGGUUCACUGAUUGCCGUUGGGAGUAUUGAUGGUCGUGUUUACAUUUUCGAUCUCAUAACCAAAGGAGUCGUUAAAAGUUGGGUUUGUCAUGGUUAUUCUAUUACAUCACUAAGUUGGUCACGUGAUGGCCGUAAAUUAUUGACAGCAAGUAACGAUUGGUCCGUAGCAAUCUGGGAUGUUCUAGAAGGAUCUCGAAUUGAACGACAAAUUUACGGUUCCCCCGUUCUUUGUGCAACAUUCAAUCCGCGCAAUGAUAAACACAUAUUGGUUAUUUAUUUGGGUGCUAAUCCAGUGCUCCUAGAUUUGGAAGCGAAACUGCAGACAGAAAUAAAGUUUCCUGAUGAAAUCGAUGAUCAGCCCGGAGAGGUUACCGUGGGAACAUUUGAUCGUAGAGGAAAAUACAUCGUUACCGGUAGUAGUAAAGGACGUAUUGCUUUUUACAGUGCCCAAACAUUAGAAUUGAUCACAUUUGUGAAACAAAAUGCCACACAUCAGAUUAAAAAUGUAUUGCUAACACGUCGAGGUGAUUUCUUAUUAACAAAUUCUCAGGAUCGUAUCAUUAGGACUUACAAGCUGGAUGUUUUACUGAAAAAACAUCAUGGAGCUAUUGUUGAGCCACUGCAGAAGCUUUUAGAUAUAAUCAAUAAAGGUGAGACUUUACAUGAUGUGCAAUGGCAUCCUACGCGCCCCAUCAUACUUUCAAUUGCUAAUGGUCUUGUUUCCGUUUGGACUCAGGCUCAUGUUGAAAAUUGGAGCGCUUUUGCACCUGAAUUCACUGAACUGGAAGAAAAUGUGAAAUAUAUCGAAAAAGAGUCGGAAUUCGAUUUGGAGGAUGAAGAUGCAGAUGAACCAACUCCACAAACUUCCAAAGUAGAGGACGACGAAAUUGUUGACGUUGUAACCCUCAAACCAAACGCUGUGUACUGUAGUUCGGAUGAAGAUGAUGAUGGUAGCAUGUACGUCACUGAUUUAACUGCUAAACGUGGCCCACUUUGGUUUCUACCAAUUGCACCCGAAAUCGAAAAUCCAGAAGAAAAUCCAGCGUUAUUAUUGACAGAAACAGAAGAAGUGACGAAUACGCUUGACGCAGAAUCUUACUCAGGUUCUGUUCACUAUAUUUUCCUUUUCUUGGGUUAA